AUGCGUUGCUGGUCGCUCCUCCUCCUCGCAGCCACGGCGACAGCAAUCCCAGCGUCACUAGGCAAUGCCCUCGUCACCCGCGACUGGCCCGAGAACUGCGUGCCCGGGCACGACUUUGCGGUAUCCAACUUCACGCUGUCCAUCCCCAAGAGCGACGCAGCCAACAAGACGACCAUAACGUUCGACUUCUCGUCCAAGCAGACCAGGAUUGAGACUCGCUGUCGCCGCAGCGCAGAUACAUGGCCCAUCUACCUGGUGAAAAGCGCACGGGAGCGGUUCGCGUGCGACAACUCGAGUGUCGAGUUCAUAUACGACGUCAACCCGGAGAGCGGCAACAAAAAGGGCACUCUGGCGCUGAUGGAGGCGGCCUGCACCGAGGGGACCAAGAAGUGGGGCUGGUCGCCGAUAGAGACGGGAGGGAGCCUGGAUCUGGAGCUGCAGUGCGAGGAGGACAAGAAGGACGGGACGAGCAGUUGCAAGGGCAAGGAUGAGAGCGUGAAAGGUAAUUACAUUAGCUACGCGCUCCGGCCGCACAUCGAGCCUGACGAUCCGGUUCCAUGGACUAUUGGGGAUGAAGGUGGCCGUGAAGACUGCCGUGGUGCACCUAGUGAUCGCUGUCCUGACGGCAGUGAUGAUGGCAGCGGGUCGAGUGAAUGA